AAGGGGUGAGAGUGCACCAUGAAGCCUAUAACCAGACACUGGGAGAGCAGUCUCUUUCACAAGAUCACCAUUUCAAACUUCCUCUCCCUGCUGACAUCUUGAGGUAGUGUACAGAAGUGACAGCAAAAUCCUGACGGCCAUGGAGAUAAAAUCCUGGUUUGUCAUUUGGUUGUAUAUCCUGUCCCUGUUUGCACAAAAAACCUUGUGUGACAACAAACUUCUCCAGAAGGUACAGGAAAUCAAAGGAUGCACCCAUGGUUCUUGCAAAGGCAAAUUUCCAGUAAGCAGUGACUCUCCUAAUAUGAUGGAUAAUCGAACGUUUUCUGCUGCUCGUUGCUUUUGUGAUGACGAGUGCCACUUGUAUCGUGAUUGCUGCCCUGACAAAGUUACAGAGGUGGAGCUACAACAGGAACCUAUGUCUCCCAUCCUGUGGGACUGUGCAGGGUGGCAGAAUGGAUCAAAUCCUCACACACUAUAUAUGGUGAGAUCAUGUCCAUUUCAAGACAGAUUUUCAAAACUCUGCACACUUGAAGGUAUUCCAGAAGAAAAAUAUGACUACAAAUUUGAUGUUCCUGUGUUGAACACCAGAACAGGUGUCUGGUAUCAGAACAUUUUUUGUGCAAUAUGUCACAAUCAAGAUGAUGAUUUAGCAUCACUGACUUUAAAAUUUGAUUGUACAGACAAUCUUACAGUGAACCAGGCAAUAACUCAUGGGCACUAUGAACCACACAAUCUUACGUGGAAAAUGAUAAAUGAUGUUGAAAGUCCAAUGUGUAAAUUAAAUGUAGUGCUAGCUGAUGAUGGUGGUAUCACAAAAGGCAGUAGACGCUGUAUAAAACAUGAACACAAAUGUGCUGCAAAUUGGACUGACAUUGCAGUAAAAAAAUUGUGCCAUUCCUAUUCAUUUAUUGUAUAUACUCUUAAAUUUGGCAAUAGACGUAAGUAUUACAAGAAUCCCCAUUGUGCUCUUUGCAACUAUGUGGAACCUGAAGAAAUGAAAUGCUUCAUUGAUGUAUCACACAGAGCUCAUCGUUUACCAUCCUUGAGCUUAGUACUGGAAUUAAACUGGGAUCCAGAUUCCCAAACCAUGCAGCAAGCAAACUGCCAGUUGCCUCAUGGAGUAUAUGACCCAUUGCACAAGAAAUGCAUGCGAAUAGAAGAUGCUUGUGGUGAUGACUACAUGUUUGAAGAUGGAAAAUGUAUCCCCAAUCCAGACUGUCAAAAAAGGAAGACAAGGAGCCACACAAAUCAAAGCAGUAUUUUAAGUGUUUCUUGCUUUGUAAUAACACUUGCACCAAAUGAAUAUAUUCUUGUAAAUGACAGCAUUCAGCUGACUCUGAAUACUUCUACUGCAGUGAUACCAAAUGGAUUGUUUGAGAUUUUUGACAAUGGUUAUGCAAAAGUCUGCAAUGUAUUUGACAUUCCUUAUUCUAAGGACAUAUUUAAAGGAUACGUGUCAACUGUGUGUCUUUCAUUAUCAGUGAUUUGCCUCAUAUUACAUAGUGCCAUAUUCUGUUUAGUUCCAAAACUGCGCAAUCUUCCAGCUAUGAACCUCUUUUCCCUGACAACAGCACUACUUCUUGUACAGUUAAUAUUUCUGUUGGGUAUAUAUCCAGUUGUGCCUGUACCUCAUUCCCUGUGUGUUACAAUAGCAAUCCUCAUUCAUUAUCUAUUUCUUUCCUCAUUUUUUUGGAUGAAUGUUAUGAGUUUAGACAUAUGGAGGACCUUUGGAGUGAAAGGGUAUUCUUCUGGUACAAGAUGUCAUUACUGGAAGUAUGCAAUCUAUGCUUGGGGAAUUCCAUUGCUGAUAGUUGUUCUUGCUGUUGUAUUUGAUAAUACCUCUACAUUUCCAAUGCACUUAAGACCAAAUUAUGCUGUACAUAAAAUGACUUGCUGGUUUGGAAGCCCACUCGGAUUGUUGAUAUAUUUUGUAGCUCCUAUGUUUGUAAUAGUUGUUAUAAAUAUUGUACUCUUUGGGAUAACUAUUUACAGACUAAAUGAAAUGAAACUCAGUAUAAAAUUCAUAAAACGAAAAAGAAAAAAUGAAAACUGUGAAACAUCACAGUCAACUCGACAAACAAUGCCAGUGCAGGCAUCUGGAGGUAUUUCUGGCAACAGAGAUAAAAUACGUUUUUAUUUGUAUCUAAAACUAUUUAUUAUUAUGGGACUAACUUGGGUAUCAGGAAUAAUUGCAAUAUUCUCAGAGGUUGAGGCAGUUUGGUACAUUUUUGUUAUCUUAAAUGGUCUUCAGGGUACCUUUAUCUUCUUCAUGUUUGAUUUUAAACAAAAAAUUGGUAGCCUGUUAUGGGAAAAGUUGUUUGGUGGGAAAUUUGAACAACCAAAUUUUCUUAAAAACUUCAGUGUCUCAGGAAAGCAAGCAACAAAUACAAGAAGUACAGCAUCAUCACAGACAAAAUCAUGCAGUGUCAGCAGUUCACGUAGUGUCUCAUCUGACAAAAUGACUGUCCUAAGGAUGUCAUCAUCAGAAAAUAUGGAAUCAAAUAAGAGGAAACUGGAACCAGAAGAGAUUCCAUUGAAACUGGCUCCUAAAAAUGGAGGGAACAGCAGCUUCAACCUAGCAUUAAACCCUGCAUUCACUUCAGACUGAAACACAGAAGAUGAAAGUAUGGGGAGUUGUAGGCAAAUUCUUGUGGACAUUAUGCCAAGUUGUAUGGCUUGCACUGAGAUAGGAUAUGUGCAUCUUAUUGAUCUCAAGUUCUAAUUUAGUCAUGUGAAACCAAAGAGCUAUUAACAUUCUUAUUCUGAAAUGUUUCUUCAUAGACAACACAUAGAAUACUGUAGUUUGUUAUGUUCUAAUGGCCUAAAAUGGACAGACAAUGGGAAUUUGCUACAUGAGCUGUGCAAAUUCAGCAACUGUAAAUAGGGAGAUGUAAAUCUGUAGCAACAAAAUCAAAAAUUAUUACACGAUUUGUGCAUGGUCAGUCCUAUCUCAUCAUAUUUGUACAUUUGAGAGUCUGUUCAGUAUUAUAGCUUUGUGUUGUCUACAAAGUUUGAGAAAACAGCAACUGACUUUUAAACUAGAGUGUGUGUGUGUGUGUGUGUGCAUAAGUGUAUCAGUAAGUGUGAUGAAAGUUUCAUUUCUUUGAAUAGCGUAAUAUGUAAGAGAAUUUGACAAAUGAAAGACAGAAAGAAUGUGGAGUAAAUUGUUCAGAACUAACUGUGAGUAAUAAGAUUUAGUCACUUAUCACACUAAAUGUUUAUGCUAUUGCAAAUGAACAGUAAAAGACUCAUGAGUUUCCACACUAGAGCCUUUUUUCCUUUGAUCUAGAAGACAAAAGCAUACAGAAAAGAUGCAUUUAAAAAUAGCCAAAAAAGAAUAAAAUUAUUGACAUCUGCAUGCUACAAGAAAAUGAUUAAUGCUCCAUAUUCUCACAGUCUGUAAUGGAAAAAAAAUCUCUCCAAUUCGGAUUUAAUAACCAAGUUUCCAGUUUUACACUCCAUCUUUUAUAUUGCCCUGAAAAUUCUCCUUAUGCUUUGUGGAGCUGAAAAUUAGGUCUUUUUUUUCCCAAUGUUUGGUUUUACAGGUGUUUCAUCAUUAACAGCUUAUACCUAAUAGGAUACAGUUAUUUUGAAAUGCAAACAAUCCCACUGGAUAAACAUCCGCAACUGAGCAUUAUAGCCAGAGGGUACCCCCCCCCCCCCCCCCCCCCUCCACCCUCCACAAAUACUUAAAUACUUAAACCAGGACUAUUUUCAGGGUAUUACAUGCCUGUCAUUGAGUGUGAUACUGCAGAUGAAUAAGAGACCAAAUCUAAUAAUUUUUACACACAAUAGUACACUUGAGGCAUAUGGUUUUCCUUUUUGUUUUUUCAUGUGUACUAUAGCAUUCAUAAAAAUUAUUAUUAGCUUUGGCCUGAUGAAGGGCAUGUAAAAUACACACACGCACACACGCACAACCGUGCGCGCGCACACACACACACACACACACACACACACACACACACACACACACACACACACACACACGACACUUUCAGUUGCUCAAAAAUCAGUUGUCUCACACUGCUGUUGUAUAUAUGUGGCAUCCAUCAGCCAAUUAUAUGAGAGUAUUUGUUUCCCCCAUUUUUUGUUGUUUUCAACCUGGGAUGCCCAUUAUUGUGUAAGUCAGAAAUUCAUCAGGAAAGUCAUCUAGGAUCCAAGAAUAGACAAGGCAAAUGGAAGGGGAUUAAAUUUUGGUCUUCGAUAGCAGUUUAUAUCUAAUAUCUGACUAGUAUUUUCCCCCUUUCUGUGCCCCUGCAAGAAUAAGAUUAAUAAUAAUAAGAAGAGUCCACUUCUCUCCACGUUUUAUUAUAGAUUUUGAGCAUGCAAUGAAGUUUUCCACCAUAAAUUUCAAAGUCCAAGAGGUCUUCUGUUUACCUCACUCUACCAUAACCCUGUACCGAGCUCUUCAAACACAAUUUCCUUUCACCUGUAGUGUUCAGCUGUAGCCUUAUUUAUGAAUGUCACCAUGUAGGUACUGUAUACGAGGCACUGAGAAAUUAUAUCAACAUUCUUUUCUUUCAAAUCUGCAUACCCACAGCCAAUAACUGGACAACCCUUAAAACUCUUCCAAAAAGUUUCACUGUUGCAAUAUAAGAAUAAAAUUCAGGAUUCAUCUGAAACAGCAUCCAAAAGUAACUGUUAACACAUUUUUUUUUAAACUAACAGUAACAUUGAAAAUCUCCUAUAGGCUUGCUAAAUAUAUGGAAGUUCUCGUUUCCUGUUUGGUGACAGGGGGACUUGAAUUUUAAGAGCUCAAUAUUCAUCUUUGACCUGUCCUCUUGUGUAUCUGUUAUAAAUGCACUAAGAUGUUCAGUAAGAUUGGCAUUUGAAACAUUUGUAAAAGUUUACACAAUCAUCACAUUAGCUACAUUCCAGCUUUGAAGCUUCCUCUCUUUUGCUAAUUUCUAUAAUAGUGACCAAAUUUUAUUCAUUAAUUACAACACUUCUGUAUCCAGAUUUUAUAUUCAUCAUGUUCUUGCUAUCAUUCUUUAUUGUAUCUAAAUUUAAUUUUAGGUUAUACAUGUCAAAUAAUAUUUAAGUUUGAAUUACAAAAACUUUCAGGAGAUAUAAAGACAGUCAUAGGUAUAUCAGAAAAUCAAGUAUCAAUUGUGGAAGAAACAAACUUGAUUUUCACACUUAAGUGCUUGUAACUAUACAGCUGGUGAAAGCACACCAAAGUUUGUGCAAGGAAUGUCAAUUCUAAGAGAGGGACCAAAGUAAUCAUUUUAUAAAUCUCAUAUUUGCUUAUUAUAUUAGCUAAAAAACUGGAUCCAACUGAACAUGUCUCAAAGGUCUAAUGGUACUGACUAACUGCUGUGUCACACUCAGCCCACAGGCAUCACUGGAUGCUGAUAUUGAGGGGCUUGUGGUCAACACACUGCCCUCGCAACAGUUGUCAGUUUGUGAGACAGUAGCCGCUACUUCCCCAUCAAGUGUCAACCCUGCAGCAAUGCCAUUCGCAUUAUAUUAGCUAAUCAAGAACAUAACAUUAUAAGCCAACUCCUCUGCUGUGCUUAAUUCACAAUCCCAUGAUAUAAAUAUCACUUUUAUCUUUUCCUGUAGAUGAUGAUAUACCAUGCACACUUGAAUUUCAAUCAGUGAUUAUUUUCUUAAAUCAGUUUUGAUAAACUGCUUUAAAUGUUCAGUAGAUUUUGAGAAAAAUAGAAUUCAAAGAACCUUGUUAGUCUAAAGGGCUGCUUUAAUUUACUGUCAUAAUUUUAUACAUUGUAGUACAAAUAAUAAUGCUUUAAUUUAGAGGAAAGUAUCAUUCAACAGUUAGUUUGCUUUUGUCAUAUCCAUGUCAUUUAAUUGAUACAUAUUUCAUAGUCAGAUUUUAUGCUGCAAUGUUAUUGAGUAUUUUGCUACUGUGUUAAAUUGUUCAUACUUUGUGCAAUAUUAAAUUAUCAGGCUCAAAGA